GCCACGAGGCGAGCGCGGCCGGUGCGCGCCUGCGCGGGACGUACCUGUGGUGUGGGUCGCGGAAGGCUAGUGCCGGAGUGCACGUGGAAUUCGGCGCCGGCGCUCAGGGGCUGCUUCGGCCUAAACCCGCUUUCAGUACCAUGGGGCGCAAGUUGGACCCUACCAAGAAGGAGAAGCGCGGGCCGGGCCGAAAGGCCCGUAAACAGAAAGGUGCCGAGACGGAGCUCGCCAGAUUCUUGCCUGCAGCCGGUGAUGAAAAUUCCAAGCGGCUGUCGAGUCGUGCUCGAAAGAGGGCAGCCAAGAGGAGGUUGGGCUCUGCUCAAGCCCCUGAGAGGAAUAAGUCUCCUGGGGCUACAUUGCCUGGAAAGCUGCCAAAAGGAAUCUCUGCAGGAGCUGUCCAGACACCUGGUAAGAAAGGGCCCCAGUUCUUACUCAACGCUGAUCAGGGCAGGAAGCGCCCGGCACCAACCCAUAGCAGUGAUGAUGAGGAGGAGGAAGACUCUGAAGAAGAUGGAGAGGUGAACCAGGGGGACCUCUGGGGCUCUGAGGACAAUGACAGUGAUGCUGACAUGGUAGAUGACUAUGGAGCUGAUUCCAACUCAGGGGAGGAAGGUGAAGAGUUGCUGCCCAUUGAAAGGGCUGCUCAGAAGCAGAAGGCCCAGGAAACUGCUGCUGGGGGCCAGUGGAGUGAGGAGGAGACUGAUGAAGAGGAGGAAGAGAAGAAAGUGUCCACUGAGCUGGGCCCCGCAAAGGAUGGCGAGCUGGAUGGAGACCUGCAGAUCAAUGUGGAUGAGGAGGAGCUGUUUAUGCUGCCCCCUGCUGGGGAGAUGGAACAGAGUGCCCAGGUGCCAGACCUGCAGCGAGUUCACAAGCGCAUCCAGGAUAUAGUGGGAGUGCUGCGAGAUUUGGGGACACAGCGGGAGGAAGGUCGAUCUCGUUCAGAAUAUCUGAACCAGCUUCAAAAGGAUCUGGCCGCCUAUUACUCCUAUGGAGACUUUCUUCUUGGCAAGCUCAUGGACCUCUUCCCUCUGUCUGAGCUGGUAGAGUUCUUAGAAGCUAAUGAGGUGCCGCGGCCCAUCACCCUCCGGACCAACACCUUAAAAACCCGGCGCCGGGACCUUGCUCAGGCUCUAAUCAAUCGUGGGGUUAACCUGGAUCCCCUGGGCAAGUGGUCCAAGACUGGACUAGUGGUAUAUGAUUCUUCGGUGCCCAUUGGUGCUACUCCUGAGUACCUUGCUGGCCACUACAUGCUACAGGGAGCAUCUAGCAUGCUGCCCGUCAUGGCCUUGGCACCCCAGGAACAUGAGCGGAUCCUGGACAUGUGUUGUGCCCCUGGAGGAAAGACCAGCUACAUAGCCCAGCUGAUGAAGAAUACAGGUGUGAUCCUGGCCAACGAUGCCAAUGCUGAGCGGCUCAAGAGUGUUGUGGGCAACCUGCACCGGUUGGGAGUCACCAACACCAUCAUCAGCCACUACGAUGGGCGCCAGUUCCCAAAGGUGGUGGGGGGCUUUGACCGAGUACUGCUGGAUGCUCCCUGCAGUGGCACUGGGGUCAUCUCCAAGGACCCAGCUGUGAAGACUAACAAGGAUGAGAAGGACAUCCUACGCUGUGCCCACCUUCAGAAGGAGUUGCUUCUGAGUGCUAUUGACUCUGUCAAUGCCACCUCCAAGACGGGAGGCUACCUUGUCUACUGCACCUGCUCUAUCAUGGUGGAGGAGAAUGAGUGGGUGGUGGACUAUGCUCUGAAAAAGAGGAACGUGCGGCUGGUGCCCACGGGUCUUGACUUUGGCCAGGAAGGUUUUACCCGCUUUCGAGAAAGGCGCUUCCACCCCACUCUGCGUUCCACCCGCCGCUUCUACCCUCAUACCCACAAUAUGGAUGGUUUCUUUAUUGCCAAGUUCAAGAAAUUCUCUAAUUCUAUUCCUCAGUCCCAGACAGCUACAGGAAAUUCUGCAUCGGCCACCCCUACAAACGUACUCUCUCCUGACCUGAAGAGUCAGGUUGCCCCCACGCCUGAGAACAGCAGCCAGCCAGCCAAGAAGGCCAGAGGUGCUGGGAAGGCAAAGCAUUUGCAGAAACCGCACCAUCCCAAGAAGGCCACCUUCCAGAAGCAGAAUGGCAUGUCCAAAGGGGCAGACUCAGAAUUGUCUACUGUACCUUCUGUUGCAAAGGCCCAAGCUUCCUCCAAGCUCCAGGACAGCAAUCUGCCAGCCAAAAAAGCUAAAGUGAUGGGAGAACCACAGGUGAAGCUAAAGCAAAAAUCACCUAAUCAGGAAGUUGCCUUCCUUAAGCAGAAUGCCCCUCCCAAGGGCACGGACCCAGAAAUGCCCAUGGUGCUAUCCUUCUCUAAGGCUCAGGCCACCCUGACGCCUGGAUACUCUGGUAAGCCUCUUGAGAAAGGACCUUUAAAGAAAGCUGCCUUGCAAAAACAGAAGGGCACCCCCAAAAGACCUCAGACUUCCACCAUCAACCCCCUCAGUCUCAGCCGGCCCCCGCCAGCAAAGAGGAGGCGAUCUCAGUCAAGAGGGAACAGCCAGUAACUGUUGUCUUGAGAUGGAUGGUUGAAAACUCGGUUGAGGUGGCGCGUUGCCUUUAUCACUGGGUUGGAACUCUUUCUCCACAGAAUGGCUUCCCCACUGUGCAGACACAUGAAAUUUAAUAUACAUUUUACAACAUC